AUGCAGGGAAAGGUUGUGGUGAUACUCCGAACGAGCAGUGUCGCCCGGGCCCCUGUCUACAAACAUCUCCGGGAAAAAGGUAUUAUUUUUGUUCUCAUUCACCCUGUACAGCCGGAAGCUGCGUUCGACGGUGUCUUUCACUAUCAUCUGAUACACGACACACAUGAUGUAGACGCACUUGAGCCCGUGCUUGGGCAUUUUCUCACGCUGCAUGGACUGUCGCCGGACGCCGUUGUAUCGUUUGAUGAGUACGCUGUCUACCCUGCAGCUGUGUUGGCGCAGCGCUUGGGGUUUCGCCCCAUCCCACUGCCGCCAGAGAAGUUGCAGAGAACGUGCAUCAAGUCCCUCCUGCGCGAGGACUGCGCGGGUGAAGGCAUCGCGUCUCUGGUGGCGGGGGUCUUGACUCGCCCCCCACCUGGAGAAGCCGACUUGCUAGCGCAUGUUCAGCGUGUACUAGGGGUGACGGGGAUAAAGUUUCCCCUUGUGUUAAAGCCCUCUCCUGGAGCGGGGAGCCUCCUUGCAAAACUCUGUUUCAGUGUGGAGGAGGUGCGGGAUCAUGCGCUGGUGAUGUGGGACGUUCUCGCCUCGCAUAGUGCCAGAAGGCACUUUGAAGCUGUUUGUGGCCCGACAGUGGGGAAGGAGGGGGUGGAGAUACUCUUCGAGGAGUACAUUAGUGGCCAGGAGGUUGAUUUGAACUGCUGUAUAGAAAACGGCAAAGUUGUGUUCUGCUCCAUCGACGAUAACUUCGAGGUGCGGCCGCCGUACUUUGUUGAGACCGGUGGGCUGUGUCCCACGGCCUUGCAACCCCACGAGCAAAAUGAAUUGCGUAAGCUGCUGGAUAGAUACGUGGCAUUCCACGGCAAAGACCUGCAUGGGGUACUGCACUUUGAGGCGAAGUACGACUUUGAGCGACGCCAGGCGUAUAUAAUUGAGGUGAAUUGCCGACAUGGGAGCGCGGAGACAGACACCAUGAUACGAACCUGCUAUCGUGGUCUGCAACUUGGGGAAUCCCUCGUGCGAUGCGCUCUGGGGCUUUCUGUGACCGAGCAACUUCUCUCCCACUACCCGGAGAGGCUAAUGGAGGUGAGCGGCGGUGAUGGCUACUUCCCAGCUAGUUGCUACUGUGCCUCCGUGAACAUAUACCCUUGCGCUGAGGGGGUCUUGGUGCGGGCGGAAGCGCCAACAUCUGAAAAGGCACUUGUGGAGUACAGCGUGUCAGCUGUCCCAGGGGAGUUGGUGGCACCUCCGCCAAAGAGUUUUUGCCUUCUUGCUUGGAUGGUGGCCCAAGGCGCUACGGCGGAGGAAGCAAAGAGCGCCAUUACACAUCUCACAGAAAACUUUGUGCAAGAAAUAUCGGUGGCCCAUUGA